UUUUACUUAUUGUUAUAAUGAUCAAACAAUGAAGUUCUUUAUUUCAUCCACAUACAUAGAUCCUUGUGCAAAAAUGGAUUUUAGUUCGGAGAAUUACUUGUGUGCAUGAGCAAGUAUGAAUGCCAUUAUAAAUGUUAACUCUGAUUUAAUUCGGAAGGCAGGAAGUCCUGAGAAGAAGGAGCACCUGUAUAAGAUUUUAGUGAUCGGAGAACUAGGGACAGGAAAGACAUCCAUCAUAAAGCGAUACGUCCAUCAGUUCUUCUCACAGCACUACAGAGCUACUAUUGGUGUAGACUUUGCCUUAAAGGUCCUGAACUGGGAUGCAGACACAAUUGUCAGAUUACAGCUAUGGGACAUUGCUGGUCAAGAGCGCUUUGGUAACAUGACAAGGGUAUACUACAAAGAGGCAGUAGGGUGUUUCAUUGUGUUCGACGUUACAAGGGCUUCCACAUUUGAUGCAGUGGUGAAAUGGAAGAGUGAUUUAGACAGUAAAGUACAACUGGCAGAUGGUAGCCCCGUCCCUUGUGUUUUAUUAGCUAAUAAAUGUGACCAGGCUAAGGAAGGUCUAGUAAACAAUUCAAACCAGAUGGAUGAUUUCUGUAAAGAGAAAGGCUUUAUUGGAUGGUUUGAAACCUCAGCCAAAGAAAAUAUCAACAUUGACGACAGUGCAAGGUUCUUAGUACAACGAAUAUUAGAAAAUGAUAGCAACAUAAAACGAGAUGAAGAAGACCAGGAUAAGAUAACUCUUGACAGCCGACAAAACAUUCUAAAAAAUCCAAAGGAGAAGGGGGGUUGCUGCUGAUGUCAUAGGUCACACCUGAAUGAACUCUUCAAAUGUUUAUGGUUGAGUGAAAACAUUAUUUUAUAUGGAUGAGUGAGCACAAUAAGUUGUUUUGGAUGAGUGGAUGAUGUGAUUGAGAAGAGUUGCAUUGAAAUUGAGAUAUAAAAGUACCAUUGAAACAUCAUGUUUUUUUUAUGACAAUAUAAUGUUUUUGUGUGUAUAAGUUACUUAGUAUAAGAAAUGAGUGCUAUCAAUGAAUACAGCAUCCAAAGUCAAAUAACUGAGUAUGGUUGACGUGCAUGGGUUUUAGUUUUACAACAUGAGAAUGCUUAUUAUUGUCUUUUAAAGUAAUUUUUACUUUCUGUACUUUUUACUUCAAACAUUAUAUUCUCAGAAUUUUCUGCUGGCAGAGGUUUACAUUCUUAUCAGUUACUAAAUUUAAUUUGGCAUGUGCCUUAACAUUCACUUUUUUGGAGAGAAAUAACAAUUUUAAAACAUAUGAAAAAAUUCAAUGUUAUUUGUUUCAUAAUUUAUGAAUGCAAGUAAAACUGAAGUUAGUUUGAUAGUGAAAUAAGGAGCAUUGGUAUUUCAGAAUGUCCCUGUAGUAAAUUUACAUCAACUAAAGCUGUAGUGUUUUUGUUUUUCUGCUUGUAGACAUAAUUAUGCACAAUGCACAACCCUGGGAUAGGGGUUUUGUAUUGCUCAAAUUUGAACAAAAUGUGAAGUUCGUGCAGAAAUUAUUUUCCUCAUUAUUAUAAUAAUAUAAAAGAGAUAUUGUGGAGAAAAAUUGGAGUCCCCAAAAGGCUAUCAUUAUUAGAAUAAAAUUUUGAAAUAUGAUGUAAAACAUUUGUAGUUGAUUUUGCUAUAUAAAAUCAAAGUUUUCAGGGAGUGGAAUUCAGUGCCAAAAGAAUUAAAAGGCAAGGUGUG